AUGCAACCCACUAACAAGGUAAUCCAGCGGAGGGAGGAUGGGUCUGUGAACUUCUUCAGGGAGUGGGACUCCUACAGGGAAGGAUUUGGCAAAAUCACCGGAGAGUACUGGCUUGCUCCCACUCGCUGUGGGAGAGCAGUAAUCCAGCGGAGGGAGGAUGGGUCUGUGAACUUCUUCAGGGAGUGGGACUCCUACAGGGAAGGAUUUGGCAAAAUCACCGGAGAGUACUGGCUUGGGUUGAAACAAAUCCAUGCUCUCUCUAUCCAAGGAAACUACGAACUGCGCAUAGAUCUUGAAGAUUUCGAGAACAGCACAGCUUUCGCACAGUAUGGUGUGUUUGGAGUUGGACUGUUCUCUGUUGAUCCUGAGGAUGACGGUUACCCCCUCACCAUCGCUGAUUACACCGGAACUGCAGGAGAUUCAUUGCUUAAGCACAAUGGAAUGAAGUUCACCACAAAAGACAGAGACAACGAUCACUCUGAGAACAACUGUGCUUCAUUCUACCACGGUGCCUGGUGGUACCGCAACUGCCACACGUCCAACCUGAACGGCCAGUACCUGCGCGGACAGCACACCUCUUACGCCGACGGGAUUGAAUGGUCGUCCUGGACCGGGUGGCAGUACUCGCUAAAAUUCACAGAAAUGAAAAUUCGGCCAACACGCGAAGAGCGAGAAAGCAAGUAACCACACAAAAAGUCCAAUUUAAAUGUAAGAAAAAAAAAAAAAAAAAAAAGUUUAAAAGACUUCAAUAUGGGACUUAUGGUGUGGAAAACAACAAGGACAGUGGUUGUUGCAAAUCUGAAAAAGAGCUUUCUGUUGUCCUGUUUAUUAAUUUGGCAGAAAAGUCGCACUGUUGUGUGGCCGUGCUGUAAGUCCUGC